AUGGAGUCAUCUUUGAUGCCUAGAAUGAGUCCGAAGCAAGAAACUCACAUGACAAGAGGCUGGCUUAGAGGACAUGGCCAUCGACACCGGUUGCCGCUCAUCCACAAGACCCAGCCACAGCCAACAGCCCCGAUCGAACCCGCAGACACCCAGCAAGAUCAUAAGGAAGAUGUCGACGAGGUAGAUGAGUUUUGCCAAGUCAUCCAAUGCUAUUCGAACGAGACAAAGAGUAGUAGUGAGCCCAACGGCGGCCAUGGAAGAGAAAGGUUCGAUAUAUACGGCGCGCACAGCUGGAAAGAGGUAGUUAGUAUCGUCCAAGCGGUUGAGAAAGACUACAAACACAGCGCCACUGGCUGGAAGGGGGCUGCGAGAUGGGCCUUUCGCAAACUCGGUGAGCAUGCAGAGGACUUCAACCCUUGGUUGGACCUUUUGCCCGAUGACAAGUACUUUAGCAUUGCUUGUGGUGGACUCAAGAUAAUACUUGGGAUGGCAGCGCGAAGAAGCGAACAGCGGGAGGUUAUUCUUGCAUUCUUUGCUGAAAUUCCAGAAAUUAUCUUCUGGACCGAUCGCUACCAUUCUCUUUUCCAGGACGAGGAGGGUUUGAAGUCCUACCUGUACGAGUUCUAUCUCGCUCUCCUGGCCAGAAUCCAGGGAAUGAUUGCAGCGUUGGUGGAUGUAUCACUGUGGAAAAAGAUUAUCUCUGGUCUGAGUGUCAAGAAUGCAGACAAGUCGCUUGGACACGUCAACCAACGCUUCACGCGGGCCAGGACCCAGCUCGACAAACAUCUCCAAUUCGUGCGCGAUCGGCUGCAAGUGGAUACAAACCAACGAGUCGUUUCUAUAAAGCCGAUCGUGGACGGUCUGGCAACAGGGCAGAAAAAAGUGAUUCAGCAAAAUUCAGAUCUGCGAAAUGACAUGCGCGAGGGCAUAAGUCGACUGGAAAGGCGGUUGAAACCAUGGGGCAUUGUCGCGGAGCAGAUGGAGCAGGUCCUUCAAAAUGAGUUGCAGAAAGCGCAGUGGCGGAUUAACCGGGAGAACAUACAACGAGAGAAUCGGCAGUGGCAGAUUAUGCGCCAAGGGUAUCCCAGAAGCGACCUCUACUUCUUCCUUCGCUUGGAUGAGCAGGACGUGCGGCAGCAGCUUAUUCAAGAUCUCGAUGAUACGGGUCGCGAUGGACAAGAUAUUGAUAUGGUUGCUCAAACCCACGCUCAACAACUUCUCCGUAUGCCACAAUUUCAAGAUUGGAUCCGGUCUGACCAGCCAGACAUGCUCCACGUCGACGGAAACUGUGACACCUAUGCUAUGGCGAGAUGUUCUCCAUUCAGUCUCCUUUGUUGCGUACUUGCCAAUGAGCUACUACAGCAACCGCAAGCCCAGGUUCUAUUCUUCUUCUGCGGAAUGCACAACCUGGCUGGGGAGCCCAUGGCAGGGCCGGUAGGUCUUGUCAAAUCGCUCAUCAUACAACUGCUCCUGGAUAGGGACGACAAAUAUGAUCUCCUUUUCCUGACCAUUGGGCGGAGAGAAGAAGCGUUGUAUCAAAAUGAUCUUCCCUCUCUGUGUGAGACAUUUAGGGAAAUGCUGGUCCAAAACCCCUCCGCUGCUCUAUUCUGCAUCAUCGACGGUGCAUCGCUCUUCGAGGUGCGAGAAUGGCAUGAAGAGAUGGAGUAUGUUGUUCAGCAGUUGUUCAACCUAACGACUGAUCCGGACAUUGCAACGGUGUUCAAGGUACUUAUUACGAGCCCGGGUAUUAGCCGACUCGCAAGUGGUGUGCCUCAAGAAUGUCGCUUGUAUGUGCCAGAAACCAACGAGAGAAUCUCGGAUGCAGGCUUGCGGAGCCCAGAGGCAUUUCAAGACGAAGUUUAUCGCCGUCGAGAGGACUUGGCAGAUACUGCAGGGAAAUAUGAGGUCAACCCAUAUGAGGCAAUGUACAAGGUGGACAUGUACAGUGAGGAAUAUGAGUAG